UCGGCCGGGAGUCGGCGGCGUGGCUUGGCUUGGCUUCCUCCCGUUCUGAAGGAUGACUGACGCUGGUUUCUGCGAUGCCCCUUGGAGUCUCCGGCACUGUGGAUUUAUAAGUAACAUGCAGAUUUAACUGCACAACCUGGGGAGAAAGCAUCAGGAGUGCUACUUCUUUUCAGCUCCUUAAGUGGACAGAAGUACAGUGUCAUCUAUCUGCAAGGGAAGAUUCUUCAACAGAUUUUUACAGCUAAUAAGAAAGACAACAUAGCAUCAUCCACCUUCCUGAUACGCAGCGCAUCACCUUCCAAGACAGAUGGUCUGUCUGAAGCUGGAGGAUGCCCACAGAGCACAUAAUAAUAAAGUAGUGAAUUGAUACUGCUGCUGCUGCCGCCUAAUUGUCAGGAUCAUAGCUGAUAGAACUACACUGCCCUUUUUCUGCUCACUGAAUCAGGCCAGAAACAGCAGGGUGGACAUGGCUGGCCUCGUUAACAACCUGCUAAUACUGUUUCUUGUUUUUCGAAACAUCUGUUUGGGUUUCAGAAGCCCACUUUCUGUCUUCAAGAGGUAUAAAGACACUACUAGAUCUCUUUCCAGUGAAUGCCUUGGAAGCGACCAACCGGUGAUAUCACUUGGUCUGUCAGAUUUUGCAUUGGACAUUCGCAUGCCUGGGGUGACGCCUAAGCAGUCCGAUACCUACCUCUGCAUGUCAGUACCCCUGCCGGUGGAUGAUGAAGCCUAUGUAGUUGACUUUAAGCCUCAUGCCAGCAUGGACACUGUCCAUCACAUGUUACUCUUUGGAUGUAAUGAACCCUCUUCUACCACAAAUUACUGGGACUGUGAUGAAGGAACAUGCAAAGACAAAUCUAACAUUUUGUAUGCUUGGGCAAGAAAUGCUCCACCCACCAGGCUACCCAAAGGUGUUGGAUUCAGAGUUGGAGGAGAAACAGGUGGCAGAUUUUUUGUGCUCCAGGUACACUAUGGGGAUAUUAGUGCAUUUAGAGAUAAACACAAGGACUGUUCUGGUGUAACUUUACAUCUGACACAUCAAAAGCAGCCUUUGAUUGCUGGAAUGUAUCUUAUGAUGUCUGUGAACACUGUAAUACCACCAGGCGAGAAAGUGGUUGAUGCAGACAUUGCCUGCCAUUACAAAAGGUUUCCAAUGCACCUUUUUGCCUACAGAGUUCAUACACACAGACUAGGUAAAGUAGUGAGUGGAUACAGAGUGAGGAAUGGUCAAUGGACAUUGAUUGGUAGACAGAGUCCACAACUACCACAGGCAUUCUAUCCAGUAGAACAUCCUGUAGAUGUUAGCUAUGAUGAUAUCCUGGCAGCUAGAUGUGUCUUCAGUGGUGAAGGCAGAACUACAGAGACACAUAUAGGGGGAACAGCCAAUGAUGAAAUGUGUAAUUUUUACAUUAUGUACUAUAUGGAAGCCAAGCAUGCUGUCUCAUAUAUGACCUGCACACAGAAUGCAAACCCUGAGAUGUUCAGAAAUAUACCACAGGAGGCAAAUAUUCCUAUUCCAGUCAAGUCUGAUAUGCUAAAGAUGACGCAUGGACAUCAUGAAGAAACCAAGGAUACUGAUAAAAGUUCUUUGCUGCAGCAGGCCAAAAAAGAAGAGGAAGAGAUUUUGGAUCAAGAUUUCCAUAUAGAAGAGGCUGUGGAGUGGCCUGGGUUAGACCUCAAACUAGGCCAAGUUUCUGGGUUGGCUCUGGACCCUGAAAAUAACCUAGUUAUCUUCCACAGAGGUGAUCACGUUUGGGAUGAAAAUUCUUUUGACAGCAAAUUUGUUUAUCAGCAAAGAGGACUUGGACCAAUUGAACAGAAUACAAUUCUUGUCCUGAAUCCAAGUAAUGCAAAACUGCUUCAUUCCAUCGGCAAAAGUCUAUUUUAUUUACCACAUGGUUUGAGUAUAGAUAAAAAUGGUAACUACUGGGUCACUGAUGUAGCUCUUCAUCAGGUUUUCAAGCUGGGAGCAGAUGACAAAGAACCGUUACUGAUCUUAGGAGUGGCUUUGCAACCAGGCAGCGACAAAAAUCAUUUCUGUCAACCAACUGAUGUGGCCGUGGAUCCGAUCACCGGCAGUAUUUAUGUCUCUGAUGGCUACUGUAACAGUCGAAUCAUUCAGUUCUCUCCAAAUGGAUUGUACGUGAUGCAGUGGGGAGAAGAGACUUCUUUAGGCAGAGCCAGACCUGGACAGUUUCAUAUCCCUCACAGCUUAGCCCUGAUCCCCGACUUCAGUCAGCUAUGUGUUGCAGACAGGGAAAAUGGUCGAAUUCAGUGCUUCAGGCUGGAGAGGGAGUUCAUAAGAGAGAUCAAGCACAAAUCGUUUGGAAGAGAGUUGUUUGCAGUUUCAUAUGUUCCAGGUGGUCUCCUCUUUGCAGUUAAUGGAAUGCCUUAUCCUGGAGAGGCACAACCAGUGCAAGGAUUUGUGAUGAACUUCUCUACUGGAGAAAUAAUUGAUACUUUCAUUCCACUUAGAAAGAGCUUUGAGAUGCCACAUGAUGUUGUUGCUUCAGAAGAUAAAACAAUAUUCGUUGGAGAUGUUCAUGCCAGAGCAGUGUGGAAGUUUGCAUCCACAGAAAAAAUGGAACAUCGUUCAGUUAAAAAGGCUGGUAUUGAGGUACAGGAAAUAAAAGAAUCAGAAACAAUUGUAGAAGCCAGAUUGAAAAACAACCCACAAUCAACAGACCCUCUAAAGAAGCAGGAAAAACAACAUUUGGUCCAACAGGCCAGCACUGGAGUUUCCUUUGUUCUUAUUACAACUCUUCUAAUUAUCCCUGUUGUUGUCCUGCUGGCAAUUUUAGUAUUUAUUCGGUGGAGGAAGACAACUGUCUAUGGAGCUGAUGGGGAACACAAACUUGAUUCAAGUUCAGGCAGAAUUUUAGGCAGACUUAGAGGGAAAGGCGGUGGUGGCCUUAACCUUGGGAACUUCUUUGCAAGUCACAAAGGCUACAGCCGAAAAGGGUUUGACCGACUGAGCACUGAAGGAAGUGAUCAAGAAAAAGAUGAAGAUGAUAGCACAGAUUCAGAUGAAGAGUGUUCAGCACCUCCACCCCAACCAGCACCUUCAUCAUCCUGAAACCAGCCUUUGAGUUCUCCAUUAUACAAUUCAACCCAGAAUGUCAGAUUCCUUUUCCCUUAAGCACGUUUAAGAUUUUGUGUAUUUAAUUGUAAACUGUACUAGUCUGUGUGGGGCUGUACACUGGUUCCUUUAAUUUUUGUUUGGUUUUAGUUCUGUUUUUUAAGUGGAGGAGUGUAUGGAAGUUCCAUAUCAGUGCCAUUGUUUUUUAUGUGAACAUCUUAGUAAAGCAAACAGUCUUCUAAUUGCAGCACUGAUUUAAAGCAGUAGUAUUUUCUCAUCUCAAUUUGGGGAUCUUGUAAAUAAGUCUUACUAUCUGCUUCAUCAAAAUAUUUUUCCCAUAACUAAUCAAUUGCCAGUUUCUGUUUUGUGCCUUUCCUCUUCAAUGUCCUUAACUUGUUGCAGUACAGAGAAAAUACAGUGCCACAAGAAAAUGAAGCUGCUAAAUCUUCUUCUAUUUUUUUAAAAUCACUAACAUUAUAUUGCAUUGAAGGAAAGAAAAAAGUCUCUAAUUUUUUUUCUUCUUCCUAACUUGAUGUGUUUCUGGGAUGUCUUAUUUUUAGAUGGUAUCACUGUUAGAACACUAUUUUCAGAAGCUGAAUGUAAUUUGUGUAAUAAAGUAUUCGCAGAGCAUUAGC